AUGGAUCGCGCCUACGUGGGCGCUGGCCCGCGGCUCACGGCCUGGAUACCGUUGGGCGAUGUGAGGUGUGGCCAGGAGGAGCUGGGAGCGCUUUGUUGGGUGCCUGGGUCCCAUCGUGAUCCCCAAAUCACCGAGAGGUUCAAGGAUUACGACCGCGCGGGGUCCGACGGAGAGAGGAGCGGAUGGUUGGCCUCUGAUCCCGCUGCCCUGGCGCUGCCCAGCGGAUGUCAUUGGGAGAGCACCCACUUUGAUGCUGGGGACGUUGCCGUGUUCGGCAUGGAUUUGCUGCACACCACCUUGCCCAAUGGCCAAAACUCCUUCCGCUUGAGCUGCGACACACGCUGGCAGCCGCUGGAUGCUCCACCCCCACCGCCCGGAGUGAUCACCGGCCCCUGGAAAACUGCAGCUCUGUCGCACCCUUGGUGUUGCUUCGCCAUGGCGUUGCUUCGCCUCCUUGCUUUGCUGCGACUCAUUCCACUGGCGUGUUCUGGCAGCUGUGCAGCUCAAAGAGGAGCAGCAGCACGGGCGUGGGACAGCAUUGAGCCGGAAUGUAGAGACAAAUUGGAGAAGAACCGCACGGCCGCAGCCCUGCGGUGCUUGGAGGGCCAUUUCUGGGAGGCGCGCGGCCCCGGCCAGCGCGCCGGGGACUUCUUCACCACGCUGCGGAAGCUCCGGCAUGAUGCGGAGAUGUUCACUUACCUGGAACAGGAAGGAAAGGUCACCGCCGAGGUGAAAAAGCUCUUCAGAGGUGUGUUCCAUUCGGCCAAGAAGCAGCAUGAGGACCCUGACAAGGUCUUCGAGUUGGCGUUCCAAGAGGACACAGCUGAUCGAAAGCUUUGGCAGAAAGCGAACAACAAGGCCGUUUACUGGGAUCCUGCAGGCCACGAGUUGCCUGCAAGGACCCUCCGUGCCAAGCCUGCUGCGCUGAAGGGCCUGGAGGAGAGAACAUUGAGAAAGAUGAGGCUUUGGAAUCCGAGGAAGGAUCUCCACUUUCCUUCCACAAAGCAGGACAGCUUUGUGGCGACCGGUCGUGCAGUGAGCGACAAGUUCUUAACAGACAAGACCUUGCGGCAGCUGAAGCGCUUCCUGCAGGCUUCCACGUUCUACUUCUACCCGCGGAAGGGUGCUCAUUUGUUAGCGCUGCUCGAGGAUGGCUUAGCCUCGCCCAUUUUGGCACAAGUCGUCGAUGGCUUGAGACAGGCGCUGCCUGGGCUACUACCAACGCAUCUGCCGCUGCAGGGGCUGCGCGUCUGGAAGGCGGACAAUUCAGCACUCCCACGCCCGCCUGCGGACGGGCCGGAGCUGGAACCUGGAGGCGCGGUGAAUCUGCUGCUGUGGCUGGUGCCCAGCUCGGCGUUGCACGGCUCCGCCGCGGACGCCCUGCAACUCUUCAACGCCACGGACGCCACGGAGCGCGGACCCGUUGCCGCGCCGGUGGCGAGCAUCCGCUAUGCGGCGAACCGGGCGGUUUUUUGGCGGGAAGAUCUACGUGCUGUGUGGUCUGGGCCAUCUUGGAAGUCAGGCUUCUUGCAGAGAGGUCUCCACCUCCUCUUCACCUUUGGCCUGGCUCAAUGUGAAGCGUGAUCCGUUCACGUCCAGCGCCACCCAAAAAGGGCGAGUCGAGGGGAGCACCGAGUCUGCCAGGCA